UGUGGCAGAGAGAGAGAAAGAGAGAAAGAGAGACAGCAAGAGAGAGCGCGAGAGACAGACCGACUGAAAGAGCGCGAGAGAGAGUAAUUGCCUUAUCUGGCCUUCAGACGUGUGUUUCUCUUUUUGCACGAACCUCUCGAACCUUCUCAGGGACCCUGCAGCGGUCUGGCAAACUGAAUCUGAGCUGAACUCGGCAUGGGGAGGGAUGGACGGAGGGGAGGGGAGGUGCCCUUUCUCUCCCCUCUCCACCUUUUCUCCCUCCAUCCAUCCCCCUUCUCUCUCGCUCUCCUUCCAUCCGUCUCUUUCUCCCAUCCCUCUCUCCACCCCCCUCCCCUUCUCCUUGGCAGCUGUCCGUACUCUGUUGGCAGGGGUGAUAGAAUAAAAACAGGAACCCCGGACUUUGAGGAGUGAGAACAAAAAAAAAAGUGUAGUGAUCCAUUGAACCAAGAGGUUCUUAAUUACAUCGUGUCCAGUAUUGGCUCUGUCAUUUUUUAAAGCUUUUUUCCCUUUCUUUUUUUUCAUGUUUUUUUUUGUGUGUGACUCGCAGACCUGGGUGAUUGGUAAUUGACUUGCGGAGGAUAAAACCAGCUGCUCGGGACGGGACCGGGCAUUUUGGAGCAAGAUGGCUAACAGGACGGCACUGUGCCUCCUGUUCGGAUUGCUCUCCUUAGCUCUGUAUCGACCGUCUCUGCAAGGAGGGGUCGCUCCACCUGCUGGGGGUGGAGUUGGUGGAGCCAUAGCUGGUCUUGGAGCCGGAGGAACUGGAUUUGGACCAGGAGCAGGAGGUCUCGGAACUGGAGGUCUUGGAGCUGGAGGUCUCGGAGCUGGAGGUCUAGGAGCCGGAGGUCUUGGAGCUGGCGGCCUUGGUCCAGGUAUCGGAGCUGGCAUAUGGCAAUACCCGCUAUACCCAGGAGCUGGUGGGGUUGCAGGAUACAAACCAGGCAAAGCAGGAGGUGGAGUGGGGCCUGGUGGCUUUGGACCUGGUGGAGUUGGACCAGGAGGAGUCCGGCCUGGUGGGUUUGGACCAGGAGGAGUCGGACCAGGAGGAGUUGGACCUGGCGGGUUUGGACCUGGCGGAGUCGGACCUGGAGGAGUUGGACCAGGAGGAGUCGGACCUGGUGGGUUUGGACCUGGUGGAGUCGGACCUGGAGGAGUUGGACCAGGAGGAGUUGGACCAGGUGGAGUUGGACCAGGAGGAGUCUGGCCUGGCGGGUUUGGACCAGGAGGAGUUGGACCAGGUGGAGUCGGACCAGGAGGAGUUGGACCAGGAGGAGUUGGACCAGGUGGAGUCGGACCAGGAGGAGUCCGGCCUGGAGCUGGUGGAAAACCUUCAAAGCCAGGAAAACUGCCAGGUGGAUACGGGUACGGUACUCUUGGUGUAGGAACUGGUGGAGUCGGACCAGGUGGAGUAGGAGCUGGUCCUGGAACUGGAGGUAUCGGGCCUGGUGGUUAUGGACCAGGUGGAGUAGGACCAGGUGGAGUCGGGCCAGGUGGUUAUGGACCAGGUGGAGUCGGACCAGGUGGAGUAGGACCAGGUGGGGUUGGACCAGGUGGGGUUGGACCAGGUGGAGUAGGACCAGGUGGAGUUGGACCAGGUGGAGUUGGAGCUGGACCAGGCGGUUAUGGCGGUUAUGGUGGGUACGGACCUGGUGCUGGUCGCUUCUUCCCUGGAGCAGGAGGGACGGGGCUGAAGCCCUCCAAAACAGGGCCUGGAUCCAGGGGGACUGUGCUGGGAGGAGGAGGUGUUGGAGGUGGCCCCGGAGGAGCAGGGGGCGGAGCCGGAGGAGUUGGAGGCGGGCCCGGAGGAGCAUGGGGCGGAGCCGGAGGAGUUGGAGGCGGGCCCGGAGGAGCAUGGGGCGGAGCCGGAGGAGUUGGAGGCGGGCCCGGAGGAGCAUGGGGCGGAGCCGGAGGAGUUGGAGGCGGGCCCGGUGGAGCAUGGGGCGGAGCCGGAGGAGUUGGAGGCGGGCCCGGAGGAGCUGGGGGUGGGGUCGGUGGAGCAGGGGGCGGGCCCGGAGGCGGAGCUGGAGCACCUGUUAUUCCUCAGACUGGCCUGCCAGCUGGGAAGACUGGAGGAAAGGCUUCAAAAGUCCCAGGUGUGGGAAUGCCAGGACUCUAUCAAGGUGGACUUGUGCCUGGACAAGGAUUUGGGAGUCGGGGAGUCCUGCCUGGAGUGGCCACAGGAAACGGAGUGAGACAGUCAGGGCAUCUGGGCCCGGUUGCCGUGGGAACUAAUGGUGGGCGUGGGGGCUUUGAUCCCCGUCAGCCAGGUGUGUUCCGGGGGUAUCCAAUCAUUGCACCCAAAACCCAAGCCGGCAAGGCUCAAGCUAAAGCAGCUAAAUACGGGGGUGUGGCCGGAGCUGGUGGCGUUCCGGGUGCUGGUGGAGUUCUGGGUGCCGGUGGCGUUCCAGGUGCUGGGGGUGUUCCUGGAUUUGGUGGCGUUCCAGGUGCUGGUGGCGUUCCAGGCUUUGGUGGAGUUCCGGGUGCGGGUGGUGUUCCAGGCUUUGGUGGAGUUCCGGGUGCCGGCGGCGUUCCUGGAUUUGGUGGCGUUCCAGGCGCUGGUGGUGUUCCGGGUGCCGGUGGCGUUCCUGGAUUUGGUGGCGUUCCGGGCGCUGGUGGUGUUCCGGGUGCCGGUGGAGCUGGAGGUGUGUACCCUUGGGGGUACGGUGGCAGUGCCAAGCCUGCUAAAUACGCACCAGGAGGUGGUGGAAGAGUACUAAGUGCUGGAGGUGCUGGAUUUGGGGGCGGAGCUGGAUUUGGAGGCGGGGCUGGGGGCGUUCCCGGAGCUGGAUUUGGAGGUGGGGCCGGGGGCGUUCCCGGAGCUGGAUUUGGAGGCGGAGCUGGGGGCGUGCCUGGAGCUGGAUUUGGAGGCGGAGCUGGAUAUGGACCGGGGGCUGGAGGGUAUGGACCUGGGGGUAAACCACCUAAAUAUGGUGCGGGUGGAGUACUAGGUGGAGCAGGCGGUGUUCUGGGCGGUGCAGGUGGAGUACCAGGUGGAGCUGGAGGAGUCCCAGGUGGAGCCGGCGCUGUCCCAGGUGCUGGAGUCGGUGGGUAUGGAGGUGGAGUCAAACCUCCUAAAUAUGGUAGGGAUAUUUAACGUUGGGCAUCUGCU